ACGGGUUUCAUUUAUUCUCUCAAUAUGUUUCAAUUUACUUCCUCUUACUAAAAAUGUCGUGAUGUGUUUACAAAAUGCGUCAAGCUACAUAGCAAAACGAAAAUAUAAGUCGUAUUGUUAGCGGAUAAAAAUAUUUAAGUGAUUUUUCUCUUCAGAAAUGUACAAAACCUUGUAUAUUUUUAGUGACCGUGGCAUUCACAACAUUUGAUCUUUCCUCAAAGCUGUUAAUUUUUUUAGUUAAUGCAAUAAUUGUAAAUUAUUGACGUUAAGUCAUGGAUUUAAACGAUAUUUACUUAACCUUAGCGCUGUGUAUGAAUAUAUAUAUAGCUAAAAGUGAAUUUGUUGACAUUGUUUUGAAAAUUGGAGAUUCUAACAAUUUUAAUUACACUCGAUUUAUCAAUGUGACCCAACAGCAGUUUGUAUGGUAAGUUUUAAUUGCAACAAUGUUAUAAAUGCUAGAAUAAUAAUUACCUUACAUGCAUUAAAGUCGUAAUUUUAUUUGCUGUUUAGCGAAGUAAGUUUAAUAAGUAUAAAAAAAAAAAAACUGAACUAUAAGCUUUUAUUAUUUAGUAUCAUUAUGAGCAUCACCUCAUAACACUAAUCAUAAAAAUAUAUAUAUACAAAUAUUAGUUUAGAUAAACUUAAUUAAAAACGCUUAUUUAUUUUAGGCUUUCCUCAGUGCUGUGUGACAUCAACACAUAUUCCUAUUCUAUAACAUAUGACAGAGAUGGUGGAUCUUUGGUCAGUAACAGCAGUACAACUUUUAUGGCACAGGAAGUAGAUCCUACCGUUUAUGAAAAGGAGUUUACGUGCACUUCUACGGUGACAGUAUUUCAGUGCACACGGAGACAAAAUAUUCAAAAGUGUGACGAUAAUAAGAUAUCUUGGAUGUAUCUUAGCACAGACACGUUAUCUACAUGUCCAGACAAUUGUGGCUUUAUGUGCCCUGUUUAUCCUGUUCAAAGUAUUAUAUUUACAUAUGAUAAGCAAACGUUUAAAAUUACCACUAAUGCAAAGUGUAAUAAUACGCUGUCUCAUAUAACAUCAACAUUAAAAUCAAGUGAAUCAUCGGCAUCAAACCAAGGAACAUCAUCUACAAUCAUUUCAGAAUAUCAUACUGAAUAUUAUAAUUCAAAUGCAUUAUGUAAUGCAGAUGAAGGUGUCCCUGUUUAUGUUGUCAUAAUUUUGGUUAUUGUAAUCGUGUUACUUCUUAUAACAGUAGCUUUAAUGGUGUUCAAAAAUAAAUUGAAAUGCAGAGAGAAAUGGAAUCACUACCAACAUGAUUCCAAAACGAAUGAUUCAGAUAGAGGUAGGAUGUCAUCCAUUACUAUCAAUGAUGAAAACAGUGCAGGCUAUUCACAGUAUCAGCAGGUAUCUGACGUUGUUCCUGAAACUGCCAAUGGUUCAUCACAAUCAAAAACUCUAUAUGUAAACGAUACAAGUGAUGCUCAGCUUUCCAAUAAUGCCAAUAACAAUGGAUCUGUGUUUUAUGAAAACUCAAUAGAUCAUCUGAAAGCUAUGAAGUCAUCUUCCGGGAACACAAAUAAUUAUGACUCACUAAAUCUACAUCAGAAAAUAGAAAAUGUAUAUCUUAAGCCUACUUUAUAAUUACGUCAAAUUUUCUAUCAAUGUUGUUUUUGGAGGAUUUCUAAAAGAGAGUAAAAAAAUGGUUUUACCUUCUUAGUAUAUUUUUUUUUCUUAGUUAAAACAGAUAUAAGUAUGUGAAUAUUAAUCAUAAAUAUCUUGAUUUAAUAAUGGGAUAUAAAUAUAGCUGAAAAUGUAGUCCUGUUCAUAAAAAUUGAUUUGUACAUUAAUGUAGCAAUAUUUACACUUAUUAAUACCCACUCAAACCUUGAAAAAAGUAUUUGUCUUAUUUCUUAGCGUACUUUAACAUACGCAUUGCACCUGAUGUGUAUCUCUUUUAAACAUAGAGUAAUUUGAAACAUUUUCAUUUUUUACGUACUUUACAUUUUAGUCUGUUGUUUAAAAAUUGACAAUCUGUUGGAAGUGUACAUUUUUAAUAGAAAUUUUUUUUUUUAAACUUUGAUAUUCCUUAAAUAACUUUAUGUUUCAUUAUUUCAAAAAAUCAGACUGAUGAUAAUAAUUCAAAAACGUUAGCAAUGGCGACCAUGGUGUCACUGUUGAUGUUUUUAUAAUUUUUGCUUUUAUAAUCUUCGUGUUUCGGCACUUCCAAAGCUUCAUCACAAUCAACGUCAGUGCGCUGAGAAACAAAAACUAAUCGUUGACAGUUCCACAGUUACAAUUUAAACCGCUAUCAAUUAUUACUGAUCUGGAUAACGCCUAACUUAAUCAUUAAAAUAUGUAAACUUUGUUUAAAUUUAUUGUUUUAUUAUUCAUUAGGUUAACAAAAUUGCCUCCAAAUGUUGGACCGAUUUGGAAACAGCAUAUGCUUGUCCCAGCAUUGCCUGCCCACUACCAUCUUCUUUACUUAUAGAUUAGCUUUAUUUGCUGGCAAAUUUGAGAUUUUGAGCAAGAAUUGCAAACUUGAUAACAUAAUAUUAACUGACACUUAUUUUGAAAGUUACAACAUUUUUACUUAUAAACACAUCGUUUUCAAAAUAUAGCCAUAUUAUAACUAUGUAGCAAUUUUUAUUUUACUUAAGCAUACAAAUCUAAGCUAUAUGUCGUAAAAUCAAAUAAGAAGUGAUCGUUUAUUGCAUUGCGAUCGCAUCAGUGUUUAAUUGGUUUGGUUUAUAUUCAUAAAAUGUUAAAGAUCC